GCGAAAGUGAUCGCAAGACAAAACUAGCCGCGGACAGUAUUCGUGAGAAUUUUACAAGUGAAUUGAUAUUGGAAACACGAAAUGCAUAUUAAACUUCUUUUUAUACUGAACGCGGUUCUUACAUUCGCGAUCGACGUUUCGUGGGCCGGCAAUCAACAAUCUUACGGAAAGAGUAAGCAAUUGUCGUUGAAUCACGGUCACGAUACGAUAGCCAGGAGGAACGAUAAACAGCCGCGAGCGCAGAAAACCAGGGGAGACAAAUCGGUAAUGGAUAAACGUGAAAAAGUCCAUAGAGAAGAGACUUUAGACCCGUGGAACUUGUCAGCCGAUGCAGAUCGCAUACAAUUUCAAAUAGAAGGCCAUAAGGGACCACAGACGUACAUAUUUGGAUUCGAUACUGGAUACGGGAAAAAUAGACAAUACAGAUUAGAAGAGAGGCACCGGAAUGGUACGAUAAAGGGACAGUACGGCUAUUACGAUGCGAUGGGUAAAUUAAGGAGAGUCAAAUACAUUGCCAGUCCUUUGGAAGGGUACACAGAGAUACAUCAUGAGAGUAACGUACAAAGGAUAGAAAAGUAACUAUGUUCAAUGCAUUCUUCAAGACCGUAAACAAUCAGCUUAAAAAAAUUGACGUGCUUAAAAAAAAAAACAAUUC